CGCCUCCUGGACUGGGCGCUGCGCCAGGAGAUCAGCACCUUCUACACGAGGGAGAAACUGCUGGAGACGCUGCGGGCCGCGGACCCUUACAGCGACCUGGUGAAGGAAGAGCUCAACAUCAUCCAGGGCGCCCUGGAGCUGCGCACCAAGGUGGUUGAGGAGGUGCUGACCCCCCUUGGGGACUGCUUCAUGCUGCGCUCCGACGCUGUGCUUGACUUCGCCACUGUGUCCGAGAUCCUCCGCAGUGGCUACACGCGCAUCCCGGUGUAUGAGGGCGACCAGAGGCACAACAUUGUAGACAUUCUGUUCGUCAAAGACUUGGCCUUUGUGGACCCGGACGACUGUACCCCGCUGCUCACAGUCACCCGCUUCUACAACCGGCCCCUGCAUUGCGUCUUCAAUGAUACCCGACUGGACACGGUGCUGGAGGAGUUUAAGAAGGGAAAAUCUCACCUGGCCAUUGUCCAGAGGGUGAACAAUGAAGGCGAAGGGGACCCUUUCUAUGAGGUGAUGGGCAUUGUCACACUGGAGGACAUCAUAGAAGAGAUCAUCAAGUCGGAGAUCCUGGAUGAAACUGACCUCUACACUGACAAUCGGAAAAAACAGAGGGUCCCACACCGGGAGAGGAGGCGGCAUGACUUCUCUCUGUUCAAGCUUUCAGACUCGGAGAUCAGAGUGAAGAUCUCACCACAGCUGCUGCUCGCCACACACCGCUUCAUGGCCACAGAAGUGGAGCCCUUUAAGUCUCUGUACCUUUCGGAGAAGAUCCUGCUCCGGCUACUGAAACAUCCCAAUGUGAUCCAGGAGCUAAAGUUUGAUGAGAGGAAUAAGAAAGCCCCGGAGCAUUACCUCUACCAGCGCAGCCGCCCCGUGGACUAUUUUGUGCUGCUUUUACAGGGUAAAGUAGAAGUGGAGGUUGGUAAGGAAGGCCUUCGCUUUGAGAAUGGAGCCUUUACCUACUAUGGUGUUCCUGCCAUCAUGACCACUGCUUGCUCAGAUAAUGACGUGCGGAAGGUUGGAAGUCUGGCUGGAUCCUCCGUCUUUCUGCCCGUCUCUGUGUCUCGUACCUUCGCCUUCAGCAGAGGGGACUCUCUGGCAGGCUCCCCAGUAAACCGGUCCCCUUCUCGCUGCAGCGGCUUGAAUCGCUCUGAGUCUCCAAACCGAGAGCGCAGUGACUUUGGCGGGAGCAACACACAGCUGUACAGCAGCAGCAACAACCUCUACACUCCCGACUACUCGGUGCAUAUCCUCAGCGAUGUGCAGUUUGUGAAGAUCACACGGCAGCAGUACCAGAACGCACUCACGGCCUGCCACAUGGACAGCUCACCUCAAUCCCCAGACAUGGAAGCCUUCACUGAUGGGGACUCCACCAAGGCCCCCACCACCCGGGGCACACCCCAGACUCCAAAGGAUGACCAAGUCCUCACACUCCUGAGCAACAGGACCAGCUUGCCGUGCAGCCGCUCAGAUGGUCUGAGAAGCCCCGGCGAGGUCGUGUACCUCAGGAUGGAGGAGAUGGCCUUCCCCCAGGAAGAAAUGACCAACUUCGAGGAGCACAAGACACAGCAAUUCUCGCUGUCCCCUGCAGCUGUUCCCACAUCAGCUUCAGAGACGGAAUGCUGUAACAUCCACCUGGAGCCAGAGGCCAGCCCCUGCAGCAGUGACUGUGAGGAGACCAUGGGCAAGAAGCUGCUAAGAACCUUGAGUGGUCGGAAAAGGAAGAGGUCGGCAGACGGAGACAGAGCCUCUGAGGAAAACUCCAAUUUAACACCUCUGAUCACAUGA